GAGCCGAUAGGAGGCACGGAGGAAAGGGAGGAAGGGAGGAGCGGGGCUGUCGAGAGGAAGAGGAAGAUAAACAUCACAUAGGAGGGUCGGAGGAGGGGAAAAAACAGGGAGGGCGCAGUAUAUCCAGCUUCUCCGCCUAAAAGCCAUCCCGUGAAGUGAGGCUCAGUCGAGGCCAGGGAUGCUCCACCACCAGGACCGACCCCUGAACUCGGCCUACAGAGGGCAGGGAGGCACCGACGAUGUCUCCUCCCCCUUGCUGCGAAACAGGAAGUGCGACAAGGAUGGCAACUUCAACUUCCUGCCUAGCAAGGAUGACGAGGGUGUCAUGAUGACCGGGAGCAGAGGAGGAGAUGAGAACCGAAACCAGGUGCGUCCCCGCAACCUGGGUCCGAUGGGUCGCGACCCCCCGAGCUCUUCGGCGCCGUCUGGGUACCACCACAACCCGGGGCUCCUGUCGCCCCGCUCGCGCCUGCCCUGCUGGAGCCCCCUAGAGCCCCUGCCUGAGAUCGAGAGCGGGGAUGAUGGAUAUGGCCGAGUGCCCCCCGACGGAGCAGAGGAAGGGAAGAUGGAAGAAGAGACAGGAGGGGGCAGGAUAAUGAUGAGCAAAAAUGAUGAAAAGGUGAGGGAGGCAAAAGAGGGGGCACUGCAGAGGAGGAAAUGGAGUGUGGGUUUCAGAGGAGGGGAGGAAGAGGAGGAAGAGGAGGGGGUGGAGGACGACGAGUGGGGAGACAGCGACUCUGAGUUCGAGAUCAGCUACCAAUCUGGCAGCAUGUCAUCCCUCAACAUGGAGAGCGGAGGAGAGGGGGUGCUGAUGGGAGGCUGGGACCGUGUUGGUGUCGGGGAACCAAAGUCCCACCAGCGCGGUGGUGCCAUGGAGACCGACCCAACCAGGAAGUGGGACAGCAGCAACAGGGAACCAAUGGGAAGACAAAGGAUUGUCAGCCGGAAGCCCCAACCAGGAGCCAGCCUGGAGGACGACAGAGAAGACGAAGACGACGACCAGUCUUCAGACUCGGACGGUGAGCUGCCGGAGCUGAUGGACGCCGUCUGGACGCUGCGGGACCGGGAGCGGUUCAAGGCCCAGGAGAUGGAGAAGCAUCAGGUGCAGCUGACCAUGUACCGCCGCCUGGCACUGAUCCGCUGGGUGCGCACCCUGCAGGGCCGCGUCCAGGAGCAGCAGAACCGCCUGCAGUCCAGCUUCGACGUCAUCCUCACACACAGGAAGGAACUGCUGCGGAUGGGCGCCGCCGCCGCUGUCUCCACCGCCACCGCCCCACCAGCCACGGCCGUCAGCCAAUCAUAGAGAUGGGAUCCCUCAAGAACAGGAAGUGGUUAACAGACAGGGCCUGUGUGAGCUGAUCAGAGGAGUGGAAGUCAAAAAUCAAUUUUAGGGCAACUGGAUACGAUUCUUUGCUCUGUUUUCUUGUAUCCUAAAGACAUUCCCCCUGAAAAUAAGACAAUCUCCCAUCAUCCUCUCUGAUUGCUUGAGAUUUUACACUGAUGUUGGUGAUGGCAUUGAUGCCAUGUCUUCUCUUGUCUUAUUUAUUUGUUUGUUUGUUUGUUUUGCUUUAUUGGUGUCCCACCCAGAGCUUAAAUAAAUGUAUUCAAGUCUUCUUCAGUGAGGAGGACUUCAUUCCUCUACCUGCACCAAACCAAUGUAUUAAAAGGUGUGACACGGGAUGUAUUAUGAUUAAAGAUCAUGAGUUUAAUAUGAUAUUUAUAUUAUGAUGUCAUACGUGUAUGUAUGUGUGUAUGUGUGUGUGUGUGUGUGUUCUUGUUUGUCUCUGCUGACCUAGAAAACACCCACCAAGAAGAUACAGAAAAAUAUUGUGCAAGAUUACCUGUUUUAGAAAUUAUUUAUAUUCUGAAAAGAUGCUGUAAAUGUAGCAAGUAAGAUGUUUAUGAUAAAAAAUAAAGUCUAUGAAUAAAAUAACCUUAUACCUGAAAA